AUGACUAGUAACGCUAAUAUCGUUAUAGCUAGCGGUACUAAAUCUAUGUUAAACUGCCCUUACUAUCUUCCCAAUAUACGAAUUAGAGCUAAGUUCGUUCUAAAAGAUAGUCUCUUCGAUACGUAUAGUAAAAAGGAGUAUACGCGAGAUUACGAUUUUAAUCGCGAUGCACGUAGGAAGCCUAGCGUAAUAGUAGACAAGGACGACGAGCCUAAGAACCUAAACGUCGAUAAGCUACGAUUAAUCAAGCCUACCUUUAUUCCCGAGAUAGGUAUAGUGAUAGCUCCUAACGCCUCCCCUUUAAGCGACGGAGGCGCCGUCGUUAUGCUGGCCUCGAAGGCUAAGCUUAAGAAGCUAAACACUAAACUACUAUCUAGUAAAUUUAUAAUAGCGCUAGCUCUCGCUAUUCCCAAGGCUCUAAAGUAUAUCGCAUUUAGCGUAGUGGCCCUUACUAAUAUAAAGAUUUUAGGUUUAAGUGCGGAUAAGGUUAAUGUGUACGGAGAUACUAUAGUAAUUAGUUACCCUCUCGGUACAUCUAGUACGAGGAUUGUUACAACUUUGCUCGGAGUCCUUAAAGCUAAGAAAGGCAAGAUUGGAUGCGUAGGUAUCUACAAUAGUGGAGGUGGAGCUAGCGCUCUAGUUAUCGAAUCGUUAAUGUAA